UAUUUUUGCGCACAGAGGCUUUAAGAGCGGAGCGGCAGGAGGAGGAGAGCAGAGAGGAGCGCACUGACACGAGAAAGAGGAGAGAGAGAGAGAGAGAGAGAGAGGAGAGAGAGUUGGGAGUGAGCCGGCACAUCAGCUGAGUGUCUCCCCCUCAGAUGAGCCACCACGGCCCCGGCCGCAGACCCGGCUCAGAGCUGGGCUCCUGGAGCUAGGGCGCAUGUCCGUGGCUCUCCCAUCAACUUCUCCUCCUUUUAGACUCUUAAUUUGAUUAAUUUUGGUCUUUUUUUUUUCCACCAUGGUGCUGGGCAAAGUGCGGGCCUUGGCUGUCUACUUUGACAGUCUGAAUGAGAACAACCUGCCCGUGUUCUCCGGAGGGGACCUGGUGUCCGGCAGGGUGGUGGUGGACGUGACGGGGGAUGUGCGGGUCAAGAGCCUGGACAUAACCGCGAGAGGAGUCGCCAAGGUGCGCUGGACGGAGUCGAGGAACGCUGGAGCGAACACGGCUUACACUCAGAACUACACGGAGGAGGUGGAGUACCUCCACCACUAUGACACGCUGAUAGGAGAGGAGAGAGAUGAGGACUGUCCCGAGGAAGGUCUGACUGUUCUGCACCCCGGGCUGCACGAGUUUGCCUUCAGCUUCAACCUGCCACAGAUGGCUCUGGCCACGUCCUUCGAGGGGAAGCACGGCAGCGUGAGGUACUGGGUGAAAGCUGAACUGCACCGUCCAUGGCUGCUGCCGGUCAGGGUGAAGAAAGAGUUCAUUGUGUUCGAGCACAUCGACAUCAACACGCCGCUGCUGCUGGCUCCUCAGGCAGGGACGAAGGAGAAAACUUUGUGCUGCUGGUUCUGUGCUUCUGGUCCGAUCUCCCUCAGUGCCAAGAUCGAACGAAAGGGCUACACACCAGGCGAAUCCAUCCAGAUCUUCGCUGAGGUGGAGAACUGUUCUUCCAGAGUCGUGGUUCCCAAAGCCGCCCUGUACCAGACUCAGACCUUCUUCGCUAAGGGGAAGGGUAAGCAGAUCCAGCAGCUGGUGUCCAACCUGAGAGGAGACCCUCUGCCGCAGGGGAAGAGCCAGAGCUGGGAGGGGAAGCUACUCAAGAUCCCCCCAGUGUCGCCCUCCAUCCUGGACUGUCCCAUCAUCAGGGUGGAGUACGCCCUCGUGGUGUACGUGGAUGUCCCCGGAGGGUUGAACUUGUCACUUUCAUUGCCGCUGGUGAUCGGGACCAUUCCUCUGCACGCCUGCGCCUCCCGCACCUCCAGCAUCAGCAGCAACUGCAGCACGCUGAGCUGGCUGGGCCUGCAGGAGAGGCCUGAGGCACCGCCAAGUUACAGCGAUCUGGCGAUAUCAGAGUCAGAAAGGCGGGACUGCCUGCAGGGCUGUGAUAGGUCUGACGGGGAGGGAGAGGACCCGGGAUCUCUGCUUACAUACAUCACAGAGUUCAGAUAUCUGCCCCCACCACUCUACUCAGAGGUUGACCCCUACCCCGACCCCGUGGAGGUGUGUGGGCCCUCUGACGUCAGGAGACCCGACACGUGUCCGUCCCGCUGAGGAGAGCCUGAGAGCUCAAAGGGCUUCUGCACGAACACGACACCGUCACCCCCAGCUUCUCACCAGAUUAUAUCGCACCAUAAAUACGGCUGGACCCUCCCUCACCGGGGGAGGGGGGAGUCAGCUGGGAGAGUAUUGGGUGACCAUUGACAUAUGGACCAGGGAUUUCGAGCCAUGCUGGAUCCUCCAUAUCCUGUGCUCCAGACGAGGCAAAUUAAAAGCUUCUCUUUGAUACCACUAUGACUCUGACGAGGCUGGAAUCAAAGAUGGCCGCCGGUGGUCAGAAGACGCCUCCUCCUGCCUCACAGAGAAUUUUGCACAUACCGUUGUUACUGUUUUUCUAGGGGUGGGUUUUAUAUUCUGCAGACUGCCGCAGGCCUUUAUGCUACAGUAGAAUCUGUCCACAGAUGUAAACGAUAAGGACAUUUUUAAAGGCACAUGUAGAGACAGGACAAAGCUAUUUCAGAAAAUUGAUCGAAUCAGAUGCGAGCGUGGUCAAUAUCGCAGCAGGUGGUCUCUUUUUGUGAGUUUAUACCUCACAUUAACAUCUGUGUUUGGCAUCCUUAUACCUUGUGGUAAUUCCUAACGCUUUGUUUGGAGGCUCCAAAACGUGUACUGAUGAUUUGAUAUCUGAGAGUUUAGACUGUGCACAAAGGGGGUCUUGGAUGCCUUCAUCCAGACUGGACUGGUAGUGCAUGCACUGGCAUAAGUGAAAGACCAUCCCGUCCAUGCACACUGUCAGUGGUAAUUCGCCACUAAGCAAGAAGUGUGUCUUAUUUCUGUCUGUGCAGCCUCAUUCAAAGGAAUGUAAUUGUGGUUCUUUUUAGAGACUUGGCUCAGUAAGAAGAGUCGGUCUUUUUGCCCUUAGACAGCUUUUUUAUGUCAAUAUUCGCAAUGCUUCAGUACUAGACUUUCAUCAGGCAAACAGUUUGUUAAACAGGAAGUUGCUUCACACCUGACACCAACUUCAAAUCAUGACGUCCGAUCUCAAUCUAGCUAAUUCACUCCCAUUCACCAUUGGCUGUGUUAGAGUGAGAGAAAGGACAGUGAGCUCAGAUAUCGGGUCAGCACUGAAACAGACUAUUAAUGCAGAGCAUGGAAAGGGCAUUGCUAAUGCAACAUGUAAACAGGGCUUUAAAGGGGCCUUUUCAAUCAAGCUAGCACUCCAAAAGCUUUAUGUACUUAACAGUAGACUCCUGUUUUCUUAAAAUGCACUUUUACAACGAUAUGAGGGGCAAAAGCUGUUAAAAAGUAGCGCCAACACCUGUCAGCUUGUUCUGCAUUGUUAGUCACCCCCUCAUGUACUGAAAAAUGAAGCAGCAGCUCAGUGUAAAAAAUGAACAGAUUAAUCAAAUUAACUGUGAUAAAUAAAGUUGCACAAUUAGUGCAUUAACUGAUUAAUCACAUGCUUUAUUGACCAUUUCAGCACUCUUUAGUUAAGCCACACCAGCGUCUCCCUGCAGCCAGAGCAAAGUAAAAUAAGUCCAUCACUGCUGUUAAAGUCACCUUUUUACUCCUUUGCAAUCCAGAACAAGUUCCUUUUUCUGUGCUUAAAUUCAUGUUAAAAUCUUCAGUCCGGAGGUCUGUAUCCAACCCUGUUUUCAAUGAAAUAGCUGAAUUUUAAAUUGCAAUUAAUCCUGUUUAAUUUAAUACAUUCUGAGAUUAAUUGUGAUUUUAAAAAUUCGCUUUUUGCCAGCCCUAGUUGUGAGUAAUGUGUGAUGGUUGCUGUUGCUGUAGCAGUCGUGACAGGGUGUGUAUGAGCAUUUUCUACACAUAUAUUGUUGCACUAGUGUCUAGCAUGCAGACAGGUUCUUGGGUAAAAACUAUAUCAAAGGCAUGUAUUAUAUACUGGAUUUUAACAGAGUUUUAUAAUGCAAGACCCAUUCACACAGCCAUGCCAGAGGCUGCUCUUUAUCUCCAUCUACAUCUAUAAGCUUCUGAUGCAGCAUGAAGGGAUAUUUAACCACAAGCCAAAGGGAAAAGGGUUGCUUUUUUAACGGCUUUUCUCCCUCAAGUUGCCAUAAAAGAGCUGUCAAGGGGCACAGUGCUAAACUGCUUAGAAGGGCGGACUUGAUGGAGGCUGUACAGACAUGAAUAAGGUUAAAGUAAACAAGCCAUGGAAAUAAUGCAUGUGCUGAAGACGUUAAUGCAAAGUAUAAAAGAACGUACUAAACUGCAGCCAGCUUGGUGUCAGAAUGCCAAAACAGACGAUCAUGAAAGGUUUAAACGACCUCUUUAAGAACAAAUUCAGUCAGUAGAGACAUAAUGCAAAGCAGAAACGUGUGAAUAAUCGACCACCUGGAGCACUUAGUAAAGCUCAGACUGUGUAUGAAUGUGUGUGUGUGUGAGAGAGAGAGUGUGUGUUGGUUUAAAGACCACGUAUCCGCUGAGACAGGGUCAAGAGAAAAAGCACAAGUCCGACCAACGUAGAAAAAGUACCAUAAGUCGCCUGCUGGUUCCUGCUCUGAACUGAAGCUUCUGUCGCUGUAGACUUUUCUAAAACUCGAUGUUAAGAAGCUUAGUGCUUGCAAAACGAACUACAAAAAUGUUUAAAAAAAAAAUCAAAUGUUUACAGAUGAGUUUAUCAGAUCCAGAAUGUUGUUUGAACAUGAAUUCUUCCACCUGAAACUUCAAAGUACCAAGUGCAAUAUAUUUUUGUAUUUGUGAUUUUUUUGCACUAGUUUUUCAUAUACUCUGUCGCUGUUUAUUCCAUUUCUGUGCAUUAUAUAUUAUUGUCAUGAUCUUACUGCUGUCAUGAUCAACUUUUGAUAAAAUAAAAGUUUAUUUUAUAAAAUA